AUAAGGAAAUGAACUCUGAUCUGUUGUUGCAGCCAAGACAGUAGCUGAGACAUUCUGCUUGGGAACACGACUGAAGAACCUGCUAAAUAGAACCAGAACUCACACAGACCGGGACCUGAAGUUGGACCUGAAGUUGGACCUGAAGCUGGACCUGAAGUUGGACCUGAGGCUGUUCCUGAGCGAGGAGAGAUGAAGUUGGAAUUGAAGAUUCAGCUGCUGCAGUUCAUCUCUCAUGUGUUUAACUCCGUCUUCCUGGUUCUGGGUCUGAGUGUGGCGGGCUGUGCAGUCUGGAUCCUGUUUGACAGAGGGACCCUCUUGACCUUUGUGUCCUCAGAUGAGCUGCGCACCGUGGGGGCGGGGCUGCUCCUGAUUGGAGGAGUGGUGGUGCUGGUCAGUCUCAUUGGCUGUGCUGGAGCAAGUGGACAGAACCGACUCCUGCUGCUGGUGUACCUGGGCCUCCUCAUCGUUCUGGUCCUGGGUCAGCUGUUCGUCACUCUGCUGCUGCUCAUCAACAGAGACAAGAUUGGACAGAGUCUAAAUGACACAGUUGAUGACAUCAUCAGUCUGUACGGGCAGAGCGGUCACAGGAAGGACCAGCUGAUGGACGACAUACAGACCCAUGGCCGGUGCUGUGGCAGAAUGGGCCCCUCUGAUUGGCUGAAGAACUCUUACAUCGACAGUCUGAACCUGACCGGUCCAGACGUUCUUCCUUGUUCCUGUUUCAGAACGGUUCAGCGCAGCUUCAACUCCAGCUGGUGCUCCGACCUGCCAACCCUCCCUGACCCGCAGUACGGACGAGGGAACGGCUCGUACCAGCAGGGCUGUGGGAAGGAGCUCAGUGAUUGGCUGCAGGAGAACGCUCUGACCAUCGUGGGUAUGGACGUGGGUCUCAUAUUAAUCCAGCUGCUUCAGUUUGGCGUCAUGGUGAUCCUGUACCGAGCCUUUAGCAGAAAAGCUGCUUUGAAAAGAACCCGGUCCCUGGUGGACACUGACCACGCCCACUUAGACCACGCCCCCGAGGAUGACUAUGCAGAGCAGAACUAUGGUUUUGUCAAUAAUGACGAUGGAUUGGUAGACUCCACCCACCCACCAUAUCACCAUGACAACCAGAACAACAGAUAGCUUCUCUGGCGGCUGAGGCUGCAAACAGAACAGGACCUCAGGGUUCUGGACUGCAGCUUCAAAAUCAACCUGUAAUAAAAUCUGUGAUCGUGAGAUUGUCUUUAGACCGUUUCCAGGCAGAACCAGUGAACACGUUCAGUAUCAUGAAAUAAAAUCAGCUGAUUAUUGAAAUAUUCA